GGAUCUCUCCGUUCGGCACGUCCACUACCCCGCGCGCCGCCGCCGGUACGACUACGACACUCGAGAUAACAGCCGAGCGAUGAUAACACGCUGAUAAGUGAUAAUGGCGGUCGGCGGUGUUAUCAGCGUUUGUUUAUGCGGACGAUCGACGAGGCACGACGUGCGGUAAGCCGCCAAGCCAAGCCGGUCUCAGGUCGUUCGCAUCAUGGCAUCAUAAAAUGUAAAUUCAAUAAAUUCAUAACAUAUUAAUAAUAUAAUUAUAGGCAUGCAUUGUACCUAAAUGGUGUCGCGGACCAAACGAGAAAAUAAUAAAUUAUAUUAUUUUAUUCGGCCGGUUUCGGUUGCAAUAAUUGCAACACUCGACACGCCAUACCGACGACGAACGUCGUCGUUGGCCGAAGCUCAAUAAUAUUAGUCUACCAGCACGGUCACGUAUAAUGACGACGAUAAUAAUAACGACGACGCGUACACGUGCCGAACGUUUCCGUCGUUCUACCGCGAUUCACAAGUGUUCGUCGUCGCCGGUCGCUUGGCCACCGGCCAUUUCGUCGUGAGCCGGCAGCCGCCUCCCGAUCGGAUACGAGAGGAACAGUCACCGCCGCCCUAUAUUAUUAUUAGCCGUUAUGUAAUAUUCCCCGAAAACUGGCACCGGUCCCGGCAUAGUUGCGGGCUGCUGCCGUCGAGCGGCGGUGAACUUCCGAGGAGCUAAAUAUAGAUAAAUCCGUCCCAACACAGGAGAGCCGCACAGACUGUUUCGCCGCUGCGGAAAUUCAAUACAAUCGUUGCCGUCUCGUGUGCGUGUGCGCCCGGCCCRUGCGUUAGAGAAAGAUGUGCGACGAAGUGCUGGAAUCGGUAAAAAAAUGCGUGGGCGUCAUUAAAGGCGCGAAAACCGACACGGAAAAAUUCGCCGCGCUGUUCAUGGUCACCAAAACCGUGAAGGCCGAGAAAUGCAACCCUCGCUCCAAGCUCGCCUUGUUCGAAGCCAUCGAGUUCAAAUUCAUCAAACGCUUGUUGCUCAGCGACGAUGUGCCGGCCGGCUGUCCGCCGUUCGUUUACAAGUCUGUGGCCAUGAGCAUACUCACGGCGCUGUGCAACGUCCAAGAGGUUGCCACACAUCAAGAAAUAUUACAGAAUGUGGACGUGUUCCUAGAUAUUGUGCUCGGCGAAGGUGACGAAGACGAAGAUGAAGCGGACGAGGAUAACCUCAUGCUGGUUAACGAGGCUUACAAGUGUUUGAACUUUAUCGCAACGUUUGAACAGGGCUUAAAAGCGCUAUUUGAUGUUGACACGGUAGGAAAAAUGUGUAAAGUGUACUCACAAAAAAGUUUUCAGACAGAUGAAGCGUUGUCAUUGCUUGUGACCAUCGUCGAGAAGUUUGGUCCACCUUCCUGGGAAAAUAAUGUCCAAAACUUUAACACACUGAUGAACAUCUUAGCAGUAGAUUUUGAAACCGACCACAGUGAACGGAAAUUUAAAUUAUGCUCAAUACUUUCACCUUUAUUAGGCAAUUGUCCUGUAGAAAUUGUACAAAAUACUUGUGAUAAUGAAAUAUGGCCGUCAAAAUUAUUCUUAGGGCUGCGAGACAUAUUGACUAGCAAGCUUGUUAAAGCACAACGAGAUCCAGCAAUCAAGUUAGCAUCUCAAAUGCUUACCACAUUCGGUGCUGAAUGGUCGCUACAAGAUGAAGCAAAACCAAAAGUAUUUUUCUUGAUGUUAAUACAUUUGGCUUCAAUUGAAAUACGCAUGCAUUUAGAAGAUAAAAAGUUUGAACAGGUGUUGCUUGCAGAAAAUUUACUUGGUUCAUGUUUCACAAUUCUAGAAAUUUCAAUUGCGUUUUUAUCAGCUGACACUCUAGAUUUAGAACAAAAAGAAAAACAGCAAACAUAUACAGCACUAAAAGGAGCAUUUACUGCUGUAUUGAACGUUCUAAAAACAUUGUCUGUAUCUAAGAAACCCUUAGAAAUUAAAGAGAAAUGUUUUGUAUGUUUGAUGCUCAUGUCACUCUCCGCAUGGUUAACAUUAGAAAUAUCUGCAAUGAAACCUGCUGUGAAUAAUAUUUUGCCAUUUGCCUUACAGAUUGCUAAUGAAUCUUUCUUUGCGUAUCGUGCACGUUACAUAUCAGAAAAUGUCAAAUCUGAAGAUAAGUCAGCAACAUAUGAUCCUUUGAGUUCUGUGGACGUAUUGAGAGCUUUUUUACCUGCUUUGUGUCACAUAACAGUAGAUGACAAAGGUCGUGCUGUAUUAUUAAAAAUUAAACAAGAAGAUGUAUUACUAGAAUGUUUGGCAUUUMAUUGGUCAAUUGCACACUAUAAAAAACCAUUGAUACCUAAGUCUGAGAGAAGUAAACCCAGAGGACCAGACCCCGAAAUUCCAGCCGAACGUCUGAAAAAAAUGGCUGACUCAAGAGGGGCAAUUAUUAGUAUAUGCAAUACAUUCAUGAAUAUCUGUGUACUAGAAGUAGAUCAUGUGAAAAAUAGUCCAUUGUUUUUUACUCUUAUGAAAUUUGUGUUUGAUAAUCUACCUGAAUUAAAAAACAAUCACGAAAACCUUGUUGUAUAUGGUAAUAUGGCUGUUUUGGGUUUGUUGCUACUAAAAUUGAAGACUGAGUACAUUAAGAAAAACGACUUUUCUAUUUGCCGUUACAUACAGGCAACCAUUCGAUUUUUGUGGGAUGCAUAUACAGUUGAUGAAAAUAGCAACAAUUCACGAUAUGCAUUAGGUCAGUUGGUUGUGACUAUGACUUACAAAGAAUCAUGGAUCGAGUUGCAAGAGUUAUGGUUUUUGGGCAUGCAAAAUCUUAGUGGCAUCUUAACCCUUGUUCCGUGGAUAUCAGAAUUUGCAAUUGAAAGUGGUUGGGCAGAAGGCAUUAUAGACAUGUUGGUGAAAAUUAAGCCAGGCUCACUCCCAACCAAUGUUAAAUAUGCUUAUGAAGAUUUACUGUGUCGGCUUAUUGAUGCAAACAGUGAUUUGGUAGMCACACUCAAGAAAAAAGAUGCUAUUACAGCUUGCCGGGGUCAUAAAUUCAUGGAAUUGGGUAAAAAAUUAUUUGGAGAAUAAUUAUGCUGUAAAACCAUUUGUAUUUUAUUUUCAAUAGCAUUUAUACUUAAUUUAAACAUUUUCAUUUUAUUUUAUACAAAAAACCAAUUAUGUAUUGUAGUAUUUGAAUCAAAAAGCAUAUUAAAUUAAGGACUAAUAUUAUAGAUAAGGGACAACAUUUAAAAAUAUGUUUUUAAUUUAAUGAAAUC